AUGUUCCCAUUCAAAAGGUCCAAUUUUCGGAGACAAGCUUGUGGGUUUUGGGUGUUGCAAAAGAGAGGGGUUAUAGUUAUAGAGAGAUCGAUAGCGAUGGGUAGUGCACCGAAUGAGAACGGUGGCUCGGUUCUUGAUUUAGAGGAUAAAUGCGGAGUUGGUGGUGGUGUUCAGGAUGUGUAUGGUGAGGAUAGAGCCUCUGAGAAUCAGCCUAUCACUCCAUGGGCUGUUUCUGUUGCAAGUGGGUACACGUUGUUGCGUGAUCCACACCACAACAAAGGGCUUGCUUUCACUGACAGAGAAAGAGAUGCCCAUUACUUGACGGGCCUUCUACCUCCAGCAGUUCUUUCUCAAGAGCUUCAGGAGAAGAAGUUGAUGCACACUCUACGUCAAUAUACAGUGCCGUUACAAAGAUACAUGGCAAUGAUGGAUCUCCAGGAGAGAAAUGAAAAGCUGUUUUACAAGCUGCUUAUUGAUAAUGUUGAGGAGUUACUUCCUGUAGUCUAUACUCCUACUGUUGGCGAGGCCUGCCAGAAGUAUGGUAGCAUUUUCAGGCGUCCUCAGGGACUCUAUAUCAGCUUGAAAGAGAAGGGAAGGAUACUUGAAGUGUUGAGAAACUGGCCUGAAAAAUCAAUUCAGGUUAUUGUGGUAACAGAUGGUGAGCGCAUUUUAGGGCUCGGGGAUCUUGGUUGCCAGGGUAUGGGAAUUCCAGUUGGAAAACUCUCUCUGUAUACAGCUCUUGGAGGAGUUCGUCCUUCAGCCUGCCUGCCUAUAACAAUUGAUGUCGGCACAAAUAAUAAGAAGCUGCUGGAUGAUGAAUUCUAUAUUGGUUUGAGGCAAAACCGUGCAACUGGACAGGAAUAUGCUGAGCUUCUUGAAGAGUUCAUGGCUGCAGUCAAACAAAACUAUGGUGAGAAGGUCUUGAUACAGUUUGAAGACUUUGCAAACCACAAUGCAUUUGAUCUACUUGCGAAAUACCGCACAACUCAUCUUGUGUUCAAUGACGACAUCCAGGGUACAGCCUCGGUUGUUCUUGCUGGGAUUGUUUCGGCUUUGAAAUUUGUUGGAGGAACAUUAUCAGAUCAUACUUUCCUGUUUCUGGGUGCUGGAGAGGCCGGGACUGGUAUAGCUGAACUUAUUGCUCUUGAAAUAUCUAAGAAGACAAAUACUCCAAUUGAAGAAACAAGGAAGAAAAUUUGGCUUGUGGACUCUAAGGGGUUGAUUGUGAGUUCUCCUGAAGCAUUGGCCGCUCAAGUAACAGAAGAGAACUACGAGAAAGGACUGAUUUACCCUCCGUUCACCGAUAUCAGAAAAAUAUCAGCCCACAUUGCAGCUAAUGUAGCUGCAAAAUCAUAUGAUCUUGGUCUUGCCUCUCGUCUCCCCCGCCCUAAGGAUCUCGUCAAGUUUGCUGAGAGCUGCAUGUACUCUCCUGCCUACAACAACUACCGCUGA